UGUUUUGCUUUUCCAUCCACUCAUGGUUUUCUGGACGAGUCUGACAGUGCCUUGCCGCCAUGACGGCACUCCAAGAUGUAGGGUUCUUCGCGUGAUAACGAAGCCGAGAGGUUUGCUACGGAAAAACGCCCGGAGAAGUCACCGUGCCUUUAUCCAGAGGCUGAAUCUUAGCCCUGAAGAAUUGCAGGAGAAGAUCCAGAAAAUCAAGCACAGCAGAGACUACUCCCUUCUGUUCCAAGAUGUUUCUCGACUUCCGAUCAUCAAGUCUCCACCUUUAUCCUCGCUAUUAAGACAAUCGCUACUGGGUUCCAACCCCACUUCUCGUGGUUAUUCGGGAAGCACUCAACAUGGUGGUUCGCUGAUAAGGGGUCUCUGUUCUACAAAGAGCCGAGUGAAGAAACAGGGGCCGAUCCCGAAGAUAUCAAGAAUGCCUCAGCAUCAAGAUCGUACCACCAAGUCUCCUCCCAAGUCCUCCCAACUGGGUUUUAAGAAAACUACUCAUCCUUUCUUGGAAAAUAAGGUGAAUGCACGGCCGGAUCAUUGGGGUUCUUUAGAUAACACUGUUCGGAAACAGGGGUCCCUUUCGGUAACUCCAACAACGGCAAAGGUAGCGGCCGGUGAUAGGACUAAAUCUGUUUGCCUGAAACGCAAGCAACAAGGUAGUACCGCAGCCGAAAAGAAGAUUAAUGGCGGUGCGGAUUCUUUGCAUGAAACCCAGCAGAAACCGGCAAUGACAUCAAGCAUGGAGAAAGAGGGUUGCGUGGAAAGCACUCGACAAGGUCUUGCGUUUGCUAAAAAGAAGAUCAAUUCCGAUUCGGGUUCGAAUUCUUCCCGUAAGAGUGUGCAGAAACCUGCAACACAUAUCGAGGAUGAUAAGAUGGUGAACGGAGACUGUAACAAAGCAGGGCCAUCGAAGAUCAGAUUCGUCUGCGGUGGUCGAGACUUCAGCAAAGAAAUAGGGUUGCCGAAGGCUCUUCAUUGUGGAAGCAUCUCAAGAUCAAUCUCAUGUUCGUAAGUGAAGAUGAUGCCCCACUUGAUAUGAAUUGCAUGGAGUACCACUUCUUAGUUCCCUUGUCAUGUAUAUGGUUUCCAGAUUCAAGAAUUAACCGGUUUAUUUACUGUACUGACUCUAAUACUAGAAGUAUUUCGUAGGGGCUAUAGAGAUUGAAAUUGAAUGAAGGUUUAAUGACAAU